UCAAAUAAAUAUCGAUUUAGAUAAAACUAUGUUCUUUGAAAUUCUAAACAAUAAAUUGCUUUGAGAAAUGCAUUCUAAUUAAUUGAUCAAUUAUCGUACUCGGUGAAAAUAAGUAUUUCUAAAAAGAAUAAAUCGUUAUUUGCAAAGUGGUUCUACUUCGACGUAAAGACCAAAGGUGAUAUCAUUAAUACAUUGCUGCCUAGUUGUCAACUAAUCUAGCUUAGACUAAAACCGCGAGGGUCAAACAAUGUAAAUCAAUAGAGAGACAACACUUCCUUUAAAGGAUAACAGUUUAAGAAUUAUGGCUUCCCGUGUAGUUAAUAACAAUGAUCUUAAUGACAUUAUAAGCUGACCCCCAGUGACAGCUUGAAAUCUCAUUGGUUUGAUAGAAACAAAUUACUUCUUCAGGAAUUAGGACAAAUAUAAAAAGAAAUGUAUGAAAGAAUGAUUAAAAACAUUUCAUUAAAAACCUACAGAGUACCAGGAACAAUCUACUACAUGCAAUUGGGGCAAAACCAAGCCAUUGCAUAUAGUAACAACAAAGGUACAACGAACAAUGCACUAUGGACGACCUGAAAAGAAAGAUAGCCAAUCUGAGGACUUGCUAUCUGAGAGAGUUCAAGAAGGUGAUCGACGCCAAGAGAUACGGCGAAACGUACGAGCCCACCCUAUGGUAUUAUAAGUCUUUGGAGUUCCUCAACGACCAAUACGUGGGCGAAGACAGGGUGAGGUUGGGCCGAAGCUAUCUCGAAACCAGUGACGACGAUAACGAAUCCAAUAACGAGGCGCUGAUCACCGCGUACGACAACGGCGGGCACGGGUCGGCUGCCGAAGACAAGGACUCCUCGUACUCGGCCGAGGCGACGUCGAACUUGACCGCGGCCGCGCCGAGGCGGCCCAAGAGGCAGCGGGUGGCGCUGGAAGGAUAUCCGGAGAGGUUCUACGAGAGCUUCGAACCGCACGUCGUCAGCGGGGCGGGAGGACCCGGCGAACCGCCCGGCGACUACUACAACGGUUUCGGCCGGUACGCCGCCAACGAGCUGCGGCAGAUGGACCGCCAGUCGGUGAUCAUUGCCAAGCGUCUGAUCAACGAGGUCAUGUUCCUGGGGCAGAUGGGCAUGUUGGACGUCAACACCAGAAUCGCCGGCGCCAACCAGCCCAAUAAAAACAGCCAAAAGAACGCGGCCGCGAAAGUGGAAUACGCCGCGCCGCAGUCCGAAGAACUCCCCAUGGAGUUCAUGGACACCCCAUAAUUACUACCCUAUUGAGGACCUUCCAACGUCUUGUGACGUUCAAGUGUCUAAUAGUCGUUAGAUUGUUUGUAAAAUGUUUUACUGCACUUCUGUGUUUAGUGUUGAGUGUUCACGACUUAUUAUUAUCUUAUUUAUUUAUUUAUUUUUGUUUUAUCUAAUAAAAAGCUUCGGCGACAUUCAAGACAUUGGCAAACGA